UACCUUGCCCUUGGCAUGAUGAAUGGAGUCGUGAGCGUACGAAACAAGAGGGCAAAGGAGAAGGUUAAGAUAGAGCGUCCGGGAGGCUCCUCCUCUCCCAUCUGGUCUGUAGCCUGGAACCCUUCGAAGGAUGAGCACAAUUACAUCCUGUCUGUGGCAGACUGGGGUCAGAAGCUUUCCUUCUAUCAGCUGAGUGGAAAACAGAUUGGAAAAGACAGGACGCUCAACUAUGACCCGUGUUGCGUCACCUACUCCUCUGAGGGCGAAUACAUAGUCAUGGGUGGUUCUGAUAAACAGGCCUCCCUCUAUACUAAAGAUGGAGUGCGACUCAGCACCAUUGGCGAGCAGAAUUCCUGGGUGUGGACGUGCCGGGUGAAGCCUGACUCCAACUUUGUGGUGUUGGGCUGCCAGGAUGGAACCAUUGCCUGCUACCAACUUAUCUCCAGUACAGUUUACGGCCUCUACAAGGAUCUCUAUGCUUAUAGAGACAGCAUGACCAAUGUCAUUGUCCAGCACCUCAUCACAGAACAAAAAGUGAGGAUCAAAUGCCAAGAGCUGGUGAAGAAGAUCGCCAUCUACAGAAACCUCCUCGCCAUCCAGCUGCCUGAGAAGAUCGUCAUCUAUGAGCUUUAUUCAGAUGACUCAUCAGACAUGCACUACUGCAUCAAGGAGAACAUUUGCACAGAGCCUAAAUGCAACCUAAUGGCAGUCUGCUCCGAGCACAUCAUCCUGUCUCAGGAGAAGCGGCUCCAGUGUCUGUCCUUCACCAGUGUCAGGGAGAAAGAAUGGGAGAUGGAGUCCCUAAUUGGCUACAUCAAAGUUAUCGGUGGUCCUCCAGGCAGAGAGGGUCUAUUAGUUGGGCUGAAGAAUGGAGCUAUCCUGAAGAUAGUUCUUGACGAUCAGCUUCCCAUCACGCUGCUGACGCUGUCAGCUUCAGUGCGUGGCCUGGACAUGAGCGCCUACCGCAAAAAACUGGCUGUGGUGGACGAGCACAACACUCUGCUGGUCUACGACAUCAACAGCAAAGAACUGCUUUUUCAGGAGCCUAAUGCUAACAGCGUUGCUUGGAACACCCAGUGUGAAGACAUGUUGUGCUUCUCCGACAGUGGGUACCUUAAUAUCAAGGCCAUUGAUUUCCCAGUACAACAGCAGAAGAUGCAGGGUUUUGUGGUUGGCUACAAUGGCUCGAAGAUCUUCUGCCUCCAUGACAAUUCUUUGUUAGAAGUGGAGGUACCUCAGAGAGCCCUGAGCAUGUACACUGACCUGCGCAUGUUUGAGUAUGCCUCGGAGUUUGUCAAAGAAAUGGACACUGGGAUCCUGACGACCAAGCCGGCAAACUGGGCUAAGAGCAGCGAGGAGCCUCGGGCUGCAGCAGAGAUGUACCUGUCAGCUGGAGAGCAUCUCAAAGCCAUUGACAUCAUCGGCGAGCAUGGCUGGGCAGACAUGCUGAUCGAUAUUGCUCGUAAGUUGAACAAGGCUGAGCACGAGCCACUGGGAAAAUGUGCACUCUACUUCAAGAAGCUGAAGCACCACGGCUAUGCCUCGGAGAUCUAUUCCAAGAUGGGGGACUUGCAGGCUCUGAUGCACCUGCAUGUGGAAACCCGGCACUGGGAAGAGGCCUUCUCACUGGUGGAGAAUCACCCCCAGUUCACAAGUGACGUCUUUGUGCCUUAUGCUGAGUGGUUGACUAAGAAAGGUCGUUUCGAGGGGGCACAGGAAGCAUUUCACAAGGCGGGGCGACAGAACGAAGCUGUGAAAGUCCUGGAGCAGCUUACCCACAAUGCAGUGGUGGAGAACAGGUUCAAUGACGCUGGGUACUACUACUCGAUGCUGUCUAUGCAGUGUCUGGACAUCGCCAGAGAAGAUGAAGAGCAGAGGGAUGAGAUGCUGAAGAAGUUUGAGCAUUUUCAGCAUCUUGCUGAACUCCACCACGUCUAUCGCUCUAUUCAGCGUUACACGGAUGAGCCCUUCAGCUCCCACAUGCCAGAGACGCUCUUCAACAUCUGCAGGUUCCUCCUGAACAACCUCAUCAAGGACAAACCACGAGGCAUCUCUGAAGUUAGCAUCUUGUAUGCACUGGUGAAGCAGAGUGAAAAGCUGGGUGCAUAUAAACUUGCCAGGUAUUGUUAUGAGAAGCUCCAGGAGUUGUACAUUCCCUCUCGCCUCCAGGACUCCAUCGAGCUGGGCAGCCUCAAACUUCGCAGCAAACCCUGCAGGGACAGCGAGGGUGUCUUUAACGCCAUGAUGUGCUACCGCUGCUCCACCGACAACCCCCUGCUGAACAAACAGGGGAGUGUGUGCAAAAACUGCAGGCAGCCUUUCAUCUACUCAGCUUCUUCAUAUGAGGUGCUGCCCCUGGUCCAGUUCUACCUGGAGGACAACAUCACUGAUGAGGAGGCUGCCCGACUUGUUGACAUGGAGGUUCCUCACAUGAAAGAUGUGGACAAUGAGCUGCAGCCUUUGAGGCUGGAUGAGGCUGCAGAUGAAGCAGAGGACGACCCAUUCACUGCCAAAAUGAGCUUUGAGCAGGGGGGCUCGAACUUUGUCCCCAUCAAGGUGAGUCGCUCAGCGCUGCGCUCCAUGAGCAGGAGGGACGUCCUGAUCAAACGCUGGCCCAGGCCGCUCAAAUGGGAAUACUUCUGCUCCCUGCUGCCAGAUGUGAGCAUCACCAUGUGCCCCACCUGCUUCAAGAUGUUUCGUUGAGAGGAUUAUGAGUCUCUGGUGACUCAGCACAAGGGCUGCCCCUGCUGUCGCAGAUCAGAGAAUUAA